UGAAACCAUGCUUGAAGAUCUCAGUAGUGCAUCCCAAAGAGCAUUUCAAGACCAAAGUCUUCGAUCAGCGUGUGUUGCCAGUGAUGAUUUGCGGAAGCGAAGCAAAACGUGGUCGUUCACUAUGGGUCUCAUAAGAAGGCUCAAGGUCAACGGAGAUUGUUCUCUCCGGUAUUUCUCGGAACACAUAGUGAGAAGAACUGAUGGCCGUUAGAGCGGAAGUGUUUUCAAAUGGCGAUCACAUAUCGGACGACACUCAGUGGGUAGGCCACUACCACCAGGUGAACCGACGAUCUUAUAAAGGUUGCGGGAAACCACUGGAUGCGGGCAGUACAGGACCGAUCGUCGUAGAGAUCUAUGGGGGAAGCCUAUGCUCAGCAGUGGGCGUUUUACUGAUGAUAAAAUUUACGAAUAUAGGUGAUUUUCAUUUUUUUUUAUUAAAAAUCGGUAUCGGACUACUUCGUCAAAUGUUAUGUGAUAUAAAAAAAAAAUAUACUAGUUUUAUUUUAUAUAUACUCGUAUACUAGCUUUAGCUCGCGACUAGCUUUUGUUUUUGAUUAUAUAGUGUAAAAUA